CUGGAGCAGGUGAGAGAGGGAGAAAAGGGAGAGAGGGAGGGAUAGUUUUCGGCACUUCGGCGCAGACGGACAGACACACACAUACGGUGUGGGAGGACGACGCACUCGGAGUCUUAAGCAAAAGCCGCCGUUGUUCGCACGCUGCGCUCUUUUCCUCCCCCUGGCACCGUGCGCGCUCGCCAAGCCGCACUGUUCGGAGACAGUCCGCGCGGAAAGUUUUAUUUUUUUUUAUACAUAUAUAUAUAUAUAUUGGAUCAUACUGCCUGGAGCUGAUUGAUUUAGUUUUUUUAUUAUUAUUAUUAUUUCACUUUAUUUAUUUUGUACGAGGCGGUUGACUUCCAUUUUUUUUUCUUGUGAAGUUUUUUUUAUCUCGAGCUAAGGAAUUGUCACGGCCGGUUUUCUGUGUGUGUUUGUGUUUUUUUUUUUUUUUUUGCACAGAAUGGAAGGGAAAUUGACAAGUCGUUUGUGGCGAGGAUCACCGUGUGGAUCUUUCCGCAGGUAAAACACGCUAUGACCUGAGCGUGUGAACGCCUGGAUUUUAUAUUUUAUGCACACAACAAGAUUUCCUCCUCCUUCUUCUUCUUCUCGUUUUUGUGCUGUGAUAUAGUUUUAGCUUUAAUCUGGAGCAGUUUAAAAGUAGUCCGACUACAAUCAGAAGUGAAUCGACAAAAGUAGGCUUCACACAUCCGACGUUUCCACCAACGCCGCUUGGGUUGCCGUAGAUGUUUUGCUUUUUUUUUUUUUUUUUUUUUUUUUUAAUAGACACCGCAAAGUCACGCACUGCUCAGCUGAAGGAAAUGACCGUUUCCUGUCACUGUCUUUAGAGUUUUAAGACAACCCCGCUUGCUUCCGCAAGACUUCACGCGCACGGAGCGCUUUCACUGAUUUGUUUUUUGGAGAGGGGGGGCAUCCGUGUUCACCAGAACACCAAACCUGAAGAACUCGCUCAGCCUUGUGCGAUCUGUUCAUCUCCAACCAAGCACUUUCCACGAGACACGGAUAAAACGGCGAGACUUGCUGCUUUCAGUGCAGCGGGAAAAGGGGAGUCUUAUAUCCACCUGGCCUGCACUGGGAUUACUGGUUUGAUAUCAUCUGCACAGAGUGGAUUACAACUUCUAACGGACUGUGCUCCCUGAUCGGCGGCAGGAUGAACCUGGGCCUGGGCUGCGUGCGUCGGCCGCUUCGCUGGCCCUUUGGCAGCGUGCUGGACUCCAGACACUGCGUCUUUGCCCUCAUGCUCCUCACUCUCCUCAUGCAGGUGGUGGUGGAAGCCAACUCGUGGUGGUCUCUGGCCAUGAACCCUUUACUGAUCCCGGAGGCCUACAUCAUCGGUGCCCAGCCUCUGUGCAGCCAGCUGGUGGGCCUCUCGCAGGGCCAGAAGAAACUGUGCCAGCUCUACCAGGACCACAUGCAGUACAUCGGCGAAGGUGCCAAGACGGGCAUCAGAGAGUGCCAGUACCAGUUCAGGCAUCGGCGCUGGAACUGCAGCACGGUGGACAACUCCUCCGUUUUUGGCCGGGUCAUGCAAAUAGGCAGCCGAGAAACGGCGUUCACUUACGCCAUCAGCGCGGCCGGAGUGGUGAACGCGGUGAGCCGCGCCUGCAGAGAGGGGGAGCUUUCGAGCUGCGGGUGCAGUCGCGCCGCGCGGCCCAAAGACCUGCCCAGAGACUGGCUGUGGGGCGGCUGCGGAGACAACCUCAACUACGGCUACAGGUUCUCCAAGGAGUUUGUGGACGCGCGGGAGAGGGAGAAGAGCUACCCCAAAGGCACAUACGAGAGUGCGCGGCUGCUGAUGAAUCUGCACAACAACGAGGCAGGAAGGAGGACUGUGUCAGACCUUGCCAACGUGUCCUGCAAGUGCCACGGGGUGUCGGGCUCCUGCAGCCUGAAAACCUGCUGGCUGCAGCUCGCCGACUUCCGCAAGGUGGGCGACGCGCUGAAGGAGAAGUACGACAGCGCCGCGGCCAUGAAACUCAACACGCGCGGGAAGCUCGUGCAGAUGCACAGCAAGUUCAACGCUCCCACGAGCCACGACCUGGUGUACAUCGAGUCCAGUCCGGACUACUGCUUGAAGAACCAGAGCACUGGCUCCCUGGGCACGGUGGGGCGCCUCUGCAACAAGACCUCGGAGGGCAUGGAUGGGUGCGAGCUCAUGUGCUGCGGCAGGGGCUACGACCAGUACAAGGCCCAGAUAGUGGAGCGCUGCCACUGCAAGUUCCACUGGUGCUGCUACGUCAAGUGCAAGCGCUGCACCAAAAUCGUAGACCAAUUCGUGUGCAAGUGAGAGGAGGAGCGUUGCCCCCGCGCGCGCGCGCUUUCGCUUGCAGACGAUGGGCUCGCAUCUGUGUGCAUUCAUGAGCAACGGAGUCGAACACAGAGAGAGAAUGGAAGAAAGAAACUAUAUAAAUUAUAUUUAUAGAGUUAAACAAUUAUGCCAUUUGCAAAAAGACACUCUUUUUUUCAACAAAAAAAAAAAUCUUAUGUCUUCAGAAACUGAGAGUAUUGUGAAAUAUUUAUUUUGAGAUUCUUAUGUUUUUAUUUUGGCCCAGUCAUCUCUAGCCAAUUUCUUUUAAACCCUUUAAGUGCCUGAAAUUGGCUGGAAAUCUUUCCCCGCCCUGCCCUCACCCUUUUUUUUUUCUUUUUUUUUUUUUUUUAAAGUCUAGAAAAAAAAUCUUCAGCCUCAGAUGGUUCACACUGAUUGUGAAAGUGGGCCGUGCCUCUCCAUUUCUAACACGAUUAAGGUUUGAUAUUUGUGGCACAGCCGACUAAGAGGUCCUGAUUUGCGGUGGGAGAACGGCCGCGUUGAGAGGAGAAACCCGCCUGUGCUGCGGGGGUAAGGAUUUUGUUUUCGUGGGCCCCGUCCCAAACAAGCCCUCGCGUCCUUACCGAAGCCUGUCCCCUCUCGCCACGUGUGCAGUAAGGAACACUGUUGAUUUGUACGAGUCCUCAGAGUACAAUGGGUACAACAAGAGGGCUAUUUUGGGGAUUGGGCCAUUUAUUAAGCUGUCCCAGAAGCCUUAGAGUUCCCCAGGUGCUGCAACAAGCCCUCCACCAUUAUGCACUUUGAUACAGAGGCUUAAACCUGUCUGUACGUGUCUGUUCAGCUGUUAUCAAUAUAUCAAUAUUAUAGCCUACAUUUUUUUUUUUUUUUUUUGUCUCCAUAUUAAUUCAGAUUAUCCAUUUAACAUUAUUCUACAGUACUUAACAAGGUUUGAAUAUAUAUGGGCAAUGUUGUGGUUACAGUGGUGAAAUAUUCCGUGCUCUGUGUAUAUAGUAUGUCUAUCCAACCAAUCAGUAAACUGUAUUUAUUUUCUUUAACCAGAUCGUCCUUUAAGCUUAAAAGCAGAAAAGCAGAAUCUCGGUAUUAGUCAGUAUUUAGUCAGAAAUCCCAGAGUUUUAAGGUCACUUUUAAAAAUAAUAAUAAUAAUAAUAAUUGUUCUCACUAAUGCGGCUCUUCACUGUUUUUGUAAAAGGGAAAUGCACCUUAUACUUUUGAAACCAGUUCUUUGUCUUGUCACUCAUGGUUUAGCUUUGCUGUUAACACCCAAAUACACAAACACUCACAUUACGUCGAAGAUGUUCAGACGUUGGCGUCGCCACCGACUUUCAGUGCCACUCAGUUAACUUCACUCACUAUCCCUGUGAUGAUUCCCAAUAGGUAACAUGUUUCCACCAAUCCAACUAUGUAUAUUUAUAAGCUUCUCUAUGAAUUUGAGUUUUGUUAAUGUGUUAUAGCUGAUAUUUUGUACUUCUGGCUCAAUGCUCUACUUUGUUUCAAUAAAUAUCAAAUGUAAAACCA